CUAUAACUAACUUCAACUACCUAGCUCAGCAAAUCAAGAAAUGUUCCAUGGUCAAGGAGCUGGAAUCUGUAUAUGCCUCCAUGAUCAAGGCCAAUGCAAACCAAGACUGUUUCUUGAUGAAUCAAUUCAUCGCUGCAUGUUCCAUCUUUCAUAGAAUAGAUUAUGCAAUUCUAGCAUUUACCCACAUGCAGGAGCCCAAUGUUUUUGUGUACAAUGCCAUGAUCAGGGCCCUUGUUCAAUGUUAUCAUCCAGUUCAAGCUCUAGACUGUUAUUUAGAUAUGGUCCAAGCUCAAGUCUCCCCUACUAGUUUUACAUUUUCAUCCUUGGUUAAGGCUUGUAGCUUGGUAUCUGAAUUGGGGUUUGGAGAAGCUGUGCAUGGUCAUAUUUGGAAACAUGGGUUUGAUUCUCAUGUGUUUGUUCAGACUGCUUUGGUUGAUUUGUAUGGGAAUGCUGGUAAAAUUGUUGAGGCGAGGAGGGUGUUUGAUGAAAUGUCUGCGAGAGAUGUUUUUGCAUGGACCACGAUGAUUUCGGUUCAUGCCAGGACUGGGGAUAUGAGUUCUGCGAGGCAGUUGUUUGAUGAAAUGCCGGAGAGGAACACUGCAUCAUGGAAUGCUAUGAUUGAUGGGUAUUCAAGAUUGAGGAACGUGGAAUCUGCGGAGCUGUUGUUUAGUCAAAUGCCCAACAGGGAUAUAAUUUCAUGGACAACCAUGAUCGCUUGCUAUUCUCAGAACAAACAGUAUAGAGAAGCUUUAGCAGUUUUUAAUGAGAUGCAGACAAAUGGGAUCAGCCCUGAUGAGGUAACCAUGGCAACUGUUAUUUCAGCCUGUGCCCAUCUUGGAGCACUUGACUUAGGAAAGGAAAUACAUCUCUAUGCAAUGGAAAUGGGGUUUGAUCUUGAUGUUUAUAUCGGGUCUGCAUUGAUUGACAUGUAUGCCAAGUGUGGGAGCUUAGACAAAUCCCUUGUGGUAUUCUUUAAAUUGCGGAAGAAGAACCUGUUCUGUUGGAACUCAAUAAUCGAAGGGCUUGCAGUUCACGGUUAUGCAGAAGAAGCGCUGGCCAUGUUUAGCAGGAUGCAGAGGGAGAAAAUCAAACCAAAUGGGGUUACUUUCAUUAGUGUUCUAGGCGCCUGCACUCACGCAGGACUUGUUGAAGAAGGUCGCAAGAGGUUUCUAAGCAUGAGCCGUGAUUUUUCCAUCCCUCCCGAGAUUGAACACUAUGGUUGCAUGGUUGAUCUAUUGGGCAAGGCCGGUCUGCUAGAAGAUGCAUUGGAAUUGGUAAGGAGCAUGAGAAUGGAACCAAAUUCUGUUAUAUGGGGUGCAUUGUUGGGUGGCUGCAAGCUUCAUAGGAACUUGAAGAUUGCUCAAGUUGCAGUCAAUGAAUUGAAGGUUUUGGAGCCAAACAAUAGCGGGUAUUACACCCUUUUGGUUAACAUGUAUGCAGAAGUAAAUCGAUGGAGCGAGGUAGCGAAUAUCAGGGCAACAAUGAAGGAACUAGGAGUGGAGAAGACGAGCCCCGGGUCCAGUUGGAUUGAAAUGGAUAGAAAAAUUCAUCAGUUUGCAGCUUCUGAUAAAUCUCACCUGGCUUCUGACGAGAUUUACACUUUGCUGGUUGAGCUAGAUGGGCAGCUGAAGCUAUCUGGCUAUGUACCCGAACUUGGAUCUGUUCCAUUAUAGUUUGUUUUCCAUACAAAGAGAAAAAUGAUAUAUGAAGGUUUGCUCAUGAAAUCUUCAAA